AAGGAAGUAACUUAAAAUUUGUUGACCGCUUCACCCGCAUUUUGCAUUCAUCAUUCAAGUUCGCUCCGCCCCUUCUGCAACCAUUUCCCCCCAAGAAACCUCGAAAAUGGCGGCUCUAUUAACCUCUCAUUGCAGAAAAAUCUUCCGAUCAAAACAUUACUAUCACAACAUCCAAUUUUUCCGAACAUCAGCAGCUAUAGCAGAUGUUAAAAAAACCGGUCUGUACAAUUUUUCUCAUUUGAAAACUUCCAACGGUUUCCAGCGUUUCGUUGAUGAUGCAAUCGAAAGGUCUGGAGAACUUAUUCAUUACAUUUCUACUAUGCCAUCGUCUACUGAAAUUAUACGCGCUAUGGAUCAAAUUUCUGACACUGUUUGUUCAGUGGUGGGUUCAACUGAGUUAUGUAGACAUACUCAUCAUGACAGAGAAUUUGUAGAGCAGGCUAAUAUUGCUUCCUUGAGAAUGGAUGAAUAUCAACAUGUGCAAGGUGAUUUUUUGUCCAAAACGAAGCCACAAUUCAUAGCUUUUGUCCUGGGUGGCCCUGGAAGUGGUAAAGGUACACAGUGUACAAGGAUUGUGGAUACUUAUGGACUGACACAUCUGAGCGCAGGAGACCUAUUAAGAAAUGAAAUAUCUUCUAAGACUGAACAUGGUUCUAUGAUUCUUGAAAUCAUCAAAGAGGGGAAAAUUGUUCCUUCAGAAGUUACAGUCAAAUUGAUCCAGAAGGCUCUUAGCGCCAAAGAUAAUCACAAGUUUCUUAUUGAUGGGUUUCCAAGAACUGAAGAAAAUAGGGUGGCAUAUGAACGGAUUGUUGGAGCAGAGCCAAACCUUGUGCUUUUCUUUGAUUGUCCUGAAGAAGUGAUGGUGAAAAGACUCCUAAAUCGUAAACAGGGGAGGGUUGAUGAUAACGAAGAAACAGUUAAAACUCGUCUGAAAGUGUUCAAGGAAUUAAGUCUUCCUGUUGUCAAUUACUACUCCGGAAGAGGGAUACUUCACACGAUUAAUGCAGUCGGAACAGAAGAUGAGAUAUUCAAGCAAGUCCGUGUCGUUUUUUCUGCUUAUGAGUCAAUGAUUCGAUGAUGGAAAGACAGCAUGAAUGACACAGAAAUUUUAUCCUGCGUAGGUCAAUCAUGACAAUUUGAUAGCUGCCUUCUGUAGCUUGCUAGAUAAUAGUGCGAGGGUAUAUUUUGGGAGUGGAUAAAAUUAUCAACUCCAAAAUUCUGAAAGUACUCAAAGAAAAUCACACGUUCAAACAUAAAUAUACUCCUUGGAAGUGGAAAUUAUAGUUUUACAUGCAAAAUUUUGGCAGUCCUUGGAAAUAAAUUAUUUAGUGGACUUAUAUCUCUUAUUCUGUAUAUGGCUCAUAAUUUGUAUGAAAUCUUGGAGGCUAAAUUUCAUGCAGUGUUUUCUGUAACUGAAAGUGUGCACUAAUGCCCGACAUUGUUAGGGUUUUAUUGUAAUACCGCAAGUGUACGGAUGUUGUAGUAUGAUUAUGAGUCGAAUUUUAGGGAAGCAAGAUUAAUGAUCA